AUGAGGCUCAUCAGCCUUGGCAGCAUCAAGGUCAUUCACGACAUUCAGAAGUACACAUUCAGGCGCUCACGUGGAGGGCACAUGGACGAUGGUGGCUAUUCCAUGAAUUUUAACAUGAGUUCUUCCAGGGGACCUCUUCCAGUAAAAAGAGGACCACCACCACGAAGUGGGGGUCCUCCUCCUAAAAGAUCAGCCCCUUCAAGACCAGUUCGCAGCAGCAGUGGAAUGGGAGGAAGAGCCCCUGUAUCACGUGGAAGAGACAGUUACGGAGGCCCACCUCGGAGGGAACCCCUGCCCUCUCGCAGAAAUGUUUAUUUGUCCCCAAGAGAUGAUGGAUACUCAACUAAAGACAGCUAUUCAAGCAGAGAUUACCCGAGUUCUCGUGAUACAAGAGAUUAUGCACCACCACCAAGAGACUAUACCUACCGUGAUUAUGGUCAUUCCAGUUCACGUGAUGACUAUCCAUCAAGAGGCUAUAGUGAUAGAGAUGGAUAUGGUCGUGAUCGGGACUAUUCAGAUCAUCCAAGUGGAGGUUCCUACCGAGAUUCCUAUGAGAGUUAUGGUAACUCACGUAGUGCUCCACCUACACGAGGGCCCCCGCCAUCUUAUGGUGGAAGCAGUCGCUAUGAUGAUUACAGCAGCUCACGUGACGGAUAUGGUGGAAGUCGAGACAGUUACUCAAGCAGCCGAAGUGAUCUCUACUCAAGUGGUCGCGAUCGGGUUGGCAGACAAGAAAGAGGGCUUCCUCCUUCUAUGGAAAGGGGGUACCCUCCUCCACGUGAUUCCUACAGCAGUUCAAGCCGCGGAGCAAGGGGCAAGAAGUGGACUUGGAAAGAGAUUGAACUCAGGGGCCCCAGAGCAGCCACGCUGUGCAGGCUUUGCCACACCCCUUCUCCUGCUUCAACCAUCCCGCCUGCCUUCCCAGCUCAGCCCAGGCCAGCCCGCCGGUCUCGGCCGCACCCGCUGACUGCCCACGGGGCUCAGGGGUCUGAAUGGCGGGGAUCUGGCGGGAGGCCGCUGUCCCAAGCCCGGCGUAACGGCUGCGCCAGGUCAUCGGGAGCCCACGUUGGCCCGAUCCUCGGAGGCGCGGGCACCACCCGCAGGGCCAGCGGGAACGCGCAAGCCUGCGGUCCGGCGGGAGCAGGGAGCCGGGAGAGCGCCAAAGGCUGGGCGAGGGCCGGGGACUUCGGACGCCAAGGCAGCCUCUGA